AUUACUUUAGGUGGUCAGACUUCAAUUUCUCUAUGCUUCUCUUAUUGGUCAGUACAAACUUAAGAAACUCCUUAAAUUUUAGGCUUAAGGACGGAUCCAACCCGACAAAAGUCGAUUUGAUCCUCCUCGGAGCCAAUGCCAUAUACAAACACCAAAUGUCAUGCCACCACACCGGAUUGUUAAUUGCUUUCAAUAAUGUCCAACGGAACGGCGAAUCCGAUCAACGAUAACGAAGAACCGAAUCGACUAACCAACAAAACUUAGGGAAAAUGGCGGCAAUGGCGAAGCAAAGCUCAAAAACCAGAACAACACAACAGUUCUCCCACAUGGCCCCUGCCAGCCGGCCGUUUGCCUUCGCCGGACCGACGUGGGUCCCAAAUCUCUCUACCUACGUGUCCCAUUCGCCCCCGCCACUUUUUUUAUAUACCCUUCGUUCCGCCCCUCUUUCUCUCCAUUUGUUCCUCAUUCUUUCGUUUCUUCCCCCAGCCUCCAUUCCCACUGUUUCUGAUCAUCAAUCUCCAGAGAAAGCAACCACUCAACUGCUUCGUUUACCCGUUCUAAAAGAAAAAAACAGAGCGAUUGACUUGAUUGAUUUCGUCCGUUGACUUCAAUUCGGGGUUUCCCCUUUGAAUCGUUCUUCCUGGAUAAACUUCUGUGUUUAAGACAAUGUCCUGCUUGACAGCGUCAGAGCUCCUUCCCUGCUUUCCCCAACUUCUGGGUUUUCCCUCGCGGCGCCUUUUAUAGCUGGGUUUUAACCCAAGUUGCUCUCUUUUUAAACUUGGUUUUAUCAUCUCGGCUUUCUCAAAUUGGUGCUUCAAUGCGGAGGAUGAUGUCCAUGAAGCUCGGAUUUUCGAGCUCUUCUUGCUUGAUUCUGAUAUGGGUAGUUGCUAUUUUGAGCUUUUCCGGGGAGUGUCAAGAUAUGGGCGGCGACUAUAGUGCAUUUGCAGGGGAUCCAACGCUUCGCCCGCUUAUGGCCGAGUAUGCUUAUAACAAGAUUUCUAAUAUGACUGCCAAUAUCACUAGAGCUCUUGGUACUCAGGCCAGCUUCUGCAUGAAGGAUCCGGAUGCUGAUUGGAACCGAGCCUUCAAUUUUUCGUCCAAUCUGGAUUUCUUGUCCAAUUGCAUUCUACAGACUGGGGGAGACAUGAUGCGGCGCAUAUGUACUGCAGCAGAAAUGAAAUUCUACUUCGAUACGAUGUUCAGCUCAUUCGAGAACCAGAAUAAAUCAUCAGCUGUUAAGGGUCCCAACUACCUGAAACCUAACUUGAACUGCAAUUUGACGACAUGGGUCCCUGGCUGUGAGCCAGGAUGGGCUUGCAGUGUUGGUGGGACUCAACAAGUUGACCUUCAAAACUCCCAUGAUAUUCCUGCUAGAACUAGCAGUUGCCAGACCUGUUGCGACGGUUUCUUUUGUCCUCAGGGCCUUACUUGUAUGAUACCUUGUCCAUUGGGUUCGUAUUGCCCGCAGGCCACUCUCAAUAAGGCCACUGGUGUAUGUGAACCAUAUAAUUAUCAGCCACCCCCAGGGCAACCUAACCAUACCUGUGGGGGAGCAAAUAAAUGGACCGACGUAGCCACUAGCAGUGAGAUAUUCUGUGCUGCGGGGUCAUACUGUCCUACUACGAUUGAGCAGACAACUUGCAGCAGUGGACAUUAUUGCAGAAUGGGUGCCACAUCUGAGACACGUUGCUUCAAAUUGACAACAUGUGAUGCCAAAACGACAACCCAAAACAUUCACGCUUAUGGGGUCCUGGUGAUAGUUGCUUUAAUUACUGUGCUGCUCAUGAUUUAUAACUGCUCUGAUCAAGUUCUGGCCAUUCGAGAGAGGAGAUUGGCAAAAUCAAGGGAAGCAGCAGCAAAAAGUGCUCACGAAACAGCAAAAGCACGUCAAAGAUGGAAAUCUGCAAAAGGUGCUGCUGCAAAGCGUGCUGGUGGAUUGCAGGCCCAGCUCUCUCAAACAUUUUCCAGGAAGAAAUAUUCUGCACCUGCAGAGCUACCUAUGAUUCCGAAUGAAGCCAAGACCGAUGAAGAUAAUGAUGAUGAAUAUGUUACUGCUCGAUCAAGCGUUCGACAUCCAUCUGCAUCCUCUACACCACCAAAUGGAAAUCGAAAUGAAAAUUCAUAUGCACCUUCCCAACUAAGUACUGCAUAUCCAUCUCCUUCCUUUACCCCAGAAAUUGGAAAGAAAAAGGAACAGUCUCAUCAUGCCCAUUCGACGUAUCAACUUGACAUGGAGCCUGAUAGUCAUGCAAGUUCAACAUUUGAGAUGGAUCAUAAACCGAAGGGAAAGGAUUUGGAUACAGACAGCCAAAUCUUUAGGUAUGCUUAUUCACAACUUGAGAGGGAGAGGGCCAUGCAGCAACAAAACAAGGAUCUCACCUUCUCAGGAGUUGUUGCAAUGGCUGCUAACCACGAAGUCAAGAAAAGACCUCUGAUUGAGGUUGCAUUCAAAGACCUGACCUUGACUUUAAAAACCAAAAAGAAGCACAUUUUAAGGUGUGUGACUGGGAAAAUCAAACCAGGGCGUAUUACAUCUGUCAUGGGUCCAUCAGGAGCGGGGAAGACAACCUUCCUCUCUGCUCUAGCUGGGAAGACAGCAGGAUGUAAAAUCUCUGGUAUGAUUCUUAUCAAUGGGAAAAGUCAAUCCAUCCACUCAUAUAAGAGAAUCAUUGGUUUUGUUCCACAAGAUGAUAUCGUGCAUGGGAACUUGACAGUUGAAGAGAACCUCUGGUUCAGUGCACACUGCAGGUUAUCAGCUGACUUGCCAAAGGCAGAGAAGGUUCUAAUUGUUGAAAGAGCUAUCGAAUCUUUGGGACUACAGGCAGUGAGAAGUUCUGUUGUUGGGACUGUGGAAAAACGAGGAAUAUCUGGAGGACAAAGGAAGCGCGUAAAUGUUGGACUAGAAAUGGUUAUGGAACCUUCUCUUUUACUCUUGGAUGAACCCACAUCUGGUCUGGACAGUGCAUCCUCGCAGUUGCUUCUUAGGGCACUUCGUCGUGAAGCUCUUGAAGGUGUCAAUAUCUGUAUGGUUGUUCAUCAACCAAGCUAUACCCUGUUCAAAAUGUUUGAUGACCUGGUACUUCUGGCAAAAGGAGGACUUACUGUAUACCAUGGGUCAGUUGCCAAAGUCGAAGGGUACUUCAAUGGCAUUGGGAUUAAAGUGCCGGACCGCGUGAAUCCUCCAGACCAUUACAUCGACAUUUUAGAGGGUAUUGUUACGCCCAGUGCAGGCACAGUGGCGAACUAUAUGAACCUUCCUCUUAAAUGGAUGAUGAAUAACGGAUACCCAAUUCCACCCGACAUGCAAGAGAAUAAUACCCCAGGAAUUGUUAUGCCUCCUCAAAUGAAUAGAAAUGCCAGUGUGUUGCAGCUUGGUGAUGGGGAUGAAGACCAGUCUUUUGCUGAGGAGUUAUGGCAAGAUGUGAAGGGUAAUGUGGAGUUGCAGCGGGAUAAGAUUCGUGAUCACCUUUGGAUGCCAAGAGACUUGUCAAACCGAAGGACCCCAGGUGUAUGGAGUCAGUAUAGAUACUACCUUGGCAGAGUCUUCAAGCAGCGACUACGAGAAGCCAAAAUGCAAGCAGUGGACUUGCUUAUACUGUUCCUUGCUGGAGCUUGCCUUGGAUCGCUUGGAAAAGCCAAUGACAAAAAUUUGGGAGCUUCUGGAUAUUCACAUACAAUCAUUGCAGUUUCUCUCCUUUGCAAAAUAGCAGCUUUGAGAUCAUUUUCACUGGACAGACUACAGUACUGGAGGGAGAGUGCCUCUGGGAUGAGCAGCUUGGCUUACUUUCUAGCCAAGGAUACUGUCGACCAUUUCAAUACAGUGAUCAAGCCUGUUGUAUACCUCUCCAUGUUCUAUUUCUUCACCAACCCAAGAUCAACCUUUGCCGAUAACUACAUUGUUUUGCUUUGCCUUGUCUACUGUGUUACCGGCAUGGCCUAUGCUUUGGCCAUCUUUUUUGAAGCAGGGCCUGCGCAACUGUGGUCGGUUCUUCUUCCUGUGGUUUUAACUCUCAUUGCAACCCAGCAGCGGCCGAGCAAUAUCUUGAAGUUCAUAUCGAACUUCUGCUACCCUAGAUGGGCUCUAGAAGCUUUUGUCAUUGCCAAUGCAGAGAGGUACGAUGGAGUAUGGCUGCUUACUCGCUGUGGUGCCCUGAUGAAUAGCGGCUAUGAUGUCCAUGACUGGCUUCUUUGCAUAUACAUCCUCCUCUUCUUUGGUGUAGUUUGUCGCAUUGUGGCAUUCUUUGGUUUGGUGACAUUAGGCCGGAGGCGGUGAGUUGACAGGCAGAAGUGCAUAUACUAUGUUUAGCCAUUCAAUUGAUU